GCAGACUGCGCAAGACCAAUGAAUCACUCUUAUAAGGGCUUAAGGCUUAAUUUGUUUGGGAUCCUCAUGAUGUGUCAGAGUGUGUUUCAGGAGGGGGGAGUUAUCUAUACACCUUCCUGUCAAGCAAUGCUUUCAGGUUCCAUGGAUUCGGGCUGUUUGGCGCGGAACCCAUGCGGUGCACCGACCGGGUUUCUUUCUUGCGUGCUCAAAGGUGCCUUGCGCAGGGACCUAUGGGGUUCCAAAAACGGUACAACCUGUUCACCUCUCGUCCACGUCCGGUCAACCGCUCGGCUCGUGCUUCGAAGACUCGCAUCGUUUUCGCCCCCCGAGGCGCAUGUGUCCAAGUGUGAGCCCGGAGCGCCUGGGGAAGCGGGGUUGGUCGCCUGGGCCAGGUGGUGGGAGGCCGAACUCUGACCAAAGACUUGCCGACUUCGAUCUCGUUGGCACACAGCUCGGAAGUGACGCGUUGGCUGAACACACCAGAAGACGCAAGCGGGAGACUGAUAAGAUGUUGACUGUACUAGUCCUGGACUGAGUCAUGGAACGAAGUUGAGCAUAGUUGUGGAGCAAUGGACUUGCAGAUGAACCAACCCGUGAGGAAAGGCAAACCCGAAUCGGUUUGGCACAGCAACAUGUAGAACUCCAGCGUCGUCUAAGUUGUCUCCGCCGUUUUCGUUUUGGAUCAGCAACCAUGGCUCCAUUCACAUCCCGCCACACACCCGAUUCCACCCCCGAUCGCAACCGGACGCGGAGCCUGGCAAGCUGAUGGGCGCGGACGGGGAGCCUGCCUAGGUCCAUGAAGAAGAAUUUCAUGAAAGGUGGUGACUACCACUCCGAGGUGGCGGCUGAGAUGUAUCCAUACAUCAAGGAAGCAAUCAUGAAGGGCGAGGUGAGCACCUCUUCCAAUGAGCGUGUGCCCACCGUCAAGUCGCGCUUUCCCAAGGAGCGCUCGACGGCCAAAGCCAUCAACUUUGGCAUCUUGUACGGUGCAGGUGCCGAAUCCAUCGCGGAGGACUUGAACAUCAGCGUAGAACAAGCGCGAGAUUUGAUGGAUGCCUGGUAUGAGAGCAAGAAGGCAGUGCGCAGGUGGCAAGCUGACGUCAUGGCGCAGAGCAGCCAGGAGGGCAAAUCCCGGUCGCUUCUGGGACGCCACCGACACUUGCCCCUGCUUCUGGAAGACGUGCCUUACAGGCCGACUGCAUCCGCAGCGAGCGCGCGGCGGUGA